AUGGGGUUUCUUUUCAAAAAGCCCGAAGAUAUAGCGGGCUCGGCAUGGCCUGCUAUUGUGAUAAGUGGAUUUGUUGCAUUUGGCGGGAUUCUAUUCGGCUAUGACACUGGCACGAUCAGUGGAAUCCUUGCGAUGCCAUACUGGGCUACCACCUUUUCGACGGGAUAUCGGGACAGCACCGGCCAGCUGAACGUCACAUCUAGCCAGUCGUCUGCUAUCGUUUCUAUCCUCUCUGCCGGGACCUUCUUCGGUGCCCUCGGUGCCGCCCCGAUGGGCGACAUCAUCGGACGUCGUUGGGGCCUCAUCGCGUCGAAUGGUGUCUUUGUCCUCGGAGUUAUCCUACAAACCAUCGCAACCUCCAUCCCACCGUUCCUCGCAGGCCGCUUCUUCGCUGGGCUGGGCGUUGGUCUUAUUUCCGCACUGGUCCCCCUCUACCAAUCCGAGACGGCCCCCAAAUGGAUCCGAGGAUUUAUCGUGGGCUCCUACCAGUUCGCCAUCACCGUCGGCCUCCUCCUCGCCUCCCUCGUCAACAACGCAACCCACCACCGCAACGACUCAGGCUCCUACCGUAUCCCGAUUGCCGUGCAAUUUGCCUGGUCCAUCAUCCUCGUCGUAGGCAUGCUGAUCCUCCCGGAAACCCCACGGUACCUGGUCAAAUGCGACGACACGAAAGCCGCCGCGCGCAGCCUCUCGAAACUGCGGCGCCUCCCCGAAGACCAUGAGUCGAUCCGCCAGGAACUCUCGGAGAUCCAAGCAAACCAUCAGUUCGAAGUUUCGCUUGGGAAAUCUGGGUACAUCGAUUGUUUCCGCGGGAAUCUGCUCAAGCGACUUGUGACAGGGUGUCUCCUGCAAGCACUGCAGCAACUCACAGGGAUCAAUUUCAUUUUCUACUAUGGGACGCAGUUCUUCAAGAACUCCGGAUUCAAGAAUGAGUUUGUCAUCACGCUUAUUACGAACUGUGUGAACGUGGGAUCGACUAUCCCCGGGUUGUACGCAAUUGAUAAGUGGGGAAGGCGGCCGGUUUUGCUGCUUGGUGCAGUUGGUAUGGCUGUUUCGCAGCUUCUUGUUGCUGUUCUUGGUACCACGACCACGGGGCAAGAUGCACAGGGAAAUAUUAUUGUGCACAAUGAUGCGGCGCAGAAGGCGGCUAUUGCGUUUAUCUGUCUUUAUAUCUUCUUCUUUGCAGCUUCGUGGGGGCCGAUUGCCUGGGUCGUAACAGGCGAAAUCUUCCCCCUAAAAACCCGCGCAAAGUCCCUCUCGAUGACAACCGCCACAAACUGGCUCCUAAACUGGGCAUUGAGCUUCGCAACCCCAUACCUAGUGAACUACGGCGAUGGUAACGCAAACCUGCAGUCGAAGAUCUUCUUCAUCUGGUUCGGCUGCUGCUUCCUCUGUAUCGGGUUUGUGUACUUUAUGAUAUAUGAGACGAAGGGGCUUACACUGGAGGAAGUAGAUGAGCUUUAUUUUGAGGUGAGCAGUGCGAGGAGGAGUGUGGGGUGGAAGCCUCGGGGGGUAAUUAGGGGGGAAGAGAGGAAGGAGGAUGUCAUUGGGGCAGGUGGUUUGGCCGGUGAGAUUGAGAUUGAGGAGAAGCGGGUGGUUGGGGAGCAUCGAGAGGUUGGGGUAGGAGCGUAA